AUGGAUCGUUCGGGGAAUAAUCCCCUUGGGGUUACCCCGAACAAUGUAAAUAAUAAUGGGAGGACCUGGAUUAAUGGUAGCAACAUUGAUCGACCGAAUCGAGUUCGGCGGGAUCAUUCUCGAGAGAAUGCUGUUCGAACACAAAGAGGGUGGUCUGAUGAAGUUGGAACUGCGAGGAGGCGGGAACUUUGGUUGAUGUCUAAUUCGGGUUCAAGGGAGGAGUACAUUAACCUAAAAAGGGCAGGUCCCUAUGCACAAAUGGUGAUCAUGCAAGAAAUGUUGCAUGUCGCGCAAGAAGCCAAUAGGAUUGCAUCCUUGAACCAGCAAACUUCAUCCUGGGGAAUUCAACCUGGUUUUUGCACUUCCAGUUCAUCAGACCCUCAUGUCAAUUACGUUGGGGCUUCUCACAUAAAUUUGUGUACUCCUGCACCAAUUAAUGGUGCCAGUGGGAGUGGUUUCAAUGAUGGAUCUUUCUUCAACGGAUAUGGACAGGAAUUUGAAUCAAGAAUCGCACCAAGUUAUAGUAACAUGCAGGGCAUAAAGCAAGUUGUCAACAAGGUGAACACAUCUCCUCAACAGGGUUCAUGCGUCAUGGUGCGUUCUGAUGGUGAUGCGCGUGCUGCGGACAAAAGCUCUGGAAGUGGGUCCGUCCUUCUCCAGAGUAGCUCACAGUAUAUCAUUCAGCCAUCUACGGGAUAUCAUACAAAACCGCAAACGAGUAAUCAUGGUUUGUUUGAUAAUAGCCACGAUAAUAGGAACAUGCAGGGCAUAGAGCAAGUUGUCAACAAGGUGAAAACAUCUCCUGCACAGGUCUCAUGCGCCACGGUGUGUUCUGAUGGUGAUGCGCGUUCUGCGCACAAAAGCUCUAACAGUGGGUCCGUCUUCCAGAGUAGCUCACAGUAUAUCAUUCAGCCAUCUAUGGGACAUCAUACCAAACCACAAACGAGUAAUCAAGGUUUGUUUGAUAAUAGCCAUGAUAACAGGAACAUGCAGGGCAUAGAGCAAGUUGUCAACAAGGUUAACACAUCUCCUGCACAGGUUUCAUACGUCACGGUGUGUUCUGAUGGUGAUGCGCGUUAUGCGCACAAAAGCUCUGACAGUUUGUGUGAUAAUAGCCACGAUAACAGGAACAUGCAGAGCAUAGAGCAAGUUGUCAACAAGGUUAACACAUCUCCUGCACAGGUUUCAUACGUCACGGUGUGUUCUGAUGGUGAUGCGAGUUAUGCGCACAAAAGCUCUGACAGUGGGUCCGGUCUUCUCCAGAGUAGCUCACAGUAUAUCAUUCAGCCAUCUACGGGACAUCAUACCAAACCACAAACGAGUAAUCAUGGUUUGUUUGAUAAUAGCCACAAUAAUAGGAACAUGCAGGGCAUAGAGCAAGUUGUCAACAAGGUGAGCACAUCUCCUGAACAGGUUUCAUGCGUCACGCUGUGUUCUGAUGGUGAUGCACGUUAUGCGGACAAAAGCUCUGACAGUGGGUCCGACCUUCUCCAGAGUAGCUCACAGUGUAUCAUUCAGCCAUCUGCGGGACAUCAUACCAAACCACAAAUGAGUAAUCAUGGUUUGUCUGAUGAUAGCCACGAUAAUAGCCAAAAGGUACAUUUAAAUCAAGGCACGAGUCAACUAAAUAUUUCCAUCUCACAGGAGAAGCCACCGAGCUUCUCUGAAUCUGCUGACUAUCACAGAAGUUGUGGAAAAUCAGGUAAGGAUCAUGAAAAUGAAGAUGUGGAAGUCACGACCAUGUGCGACAUGGUGGAUACUGAAGGUAAACUUGAUCUACCUGCAUCUACAUCUAACAAUGAGGCAAAAUCGAACCUGAAGGAGAAUAAGAUUCAAGGGGUGUCUUUGACUGAUUUUUUCACAUUGAGGGAACUGAAAGAACAUCUUUGUCAUUUUGGACAAUGGAAUGGUCAGGAAGUAGGACUGCAUCGACCUUCGUGUCUAAAUAAAUGCCAGUUGUGUGCAAUGGAUAAGCUAGAAUUUGCACCUGCGCCUAUAUAUUGUUCGUGUUGCAAAUCUCCUAUUAAACAUGAUUCGAAUUACUAUGUGGCAUCAGAGGGGUCGGAUGUAAAACAUUAUUUUUGCACUUCUUGCUAUCGAGUCUCUCGCAAGUGUAUUCUUUCCUUCCCCAAGGCCAACUUGCUGAAGAAGAAGAACAUUAAAAAUAUUGGAGAACCAUGGGUCGAAUGUGAUAAAUGUAAAGGAUGGCAACACCAGAUAUGUGCACUCUACAAUAAAAAAAAAGAUCUCGGUGGAGAAGCAGUUUACAUCUGUCCAAAAUGCUGGAUACAAGAAUUGGAAAGUGGAGAAGGUCAGCCCUUGCCAAAAGCUACUUCUUUGUAUGCAAAAGAUCUCCCUCGUAGUAUGCUUAGUGAUCACGUUGAGGAAAGAUUGUUUAAACGUCUGAGAAAAGAAAGAGAAGAUAAUAAAAGUCUUGGUGAGGUACCUGGAGAGGCCGAUUUUGCUGUCAGAGUGGUAUUAUCAGUUGAUCAAAAAUUGGAAGUGAACAAGAAAUUUUUGGAUAUCUUCAAUGGAAGUGAUUAUCCCGCGCAGUUCCCUUACAGAUCAAAGGUGAUACUUCUAUUUCAGAAAAUAGAAGGGGUAGAUGUUUGCCUUUUUGGAAUGUACGUUCAGGAGUUUGGAUCAAAUUGUGAACAACCAAAUCGGCGUUGUGUCUACAUCUCUUAUAUUGAUUCCAUCAAGUACUUGAGGCCUAAGAUGAAAACAAUGACCGGGGAAGCUCUACGUACCUUAGUGUACCAUGAAAUAUUGAUUGGGUACCUUGACUAUUGCAAAAAACGUGGCUUUUCAACCUGCUAUAUAUGGGCAUGUCCACCUUUAAAAGGAGAAGAUUAUAUUUUAUAUUGCCAUCCAGAGAGUCAGAAAUUACCGAAGGCAGAUAAGCUGCAACAAUGGUACGAGCUGAUGCUCAAAAAGGCUUUAAAGGAGAACAUUGCAGUACAUUACACAAAUUUUUAUGAUCACUUCUUUGUUUCUCCUGGAGGUUGCACCACAAAAACUGCAGCUCAUUUGCCAUAUUUUGAAGGUUCUUAUUGGUCAAGUACUGCUGAAUAUAUAGCAGGGACAUUGGAAAAAGAAGGUAAAGAACCUAAAUUAACAAAAGCAGCCCUGAAAGCCAUGGGCUGCAACCCUUCAUCUGGUGGCGCAAGCAGAAAAGAUGUGCUGGUGAUGGACAAACUGGGCGACGCAAUCUCUAAAGACAAGAAAAAGUUUAUCAUUGUAAAUUUGCAGCACAGUUGCAUACGUUGCAAUGAAGCAAUUUUAUCUGGAGUUCGGUGGUUUUGCAGCAAAUGCAAAAAGUUUAACAUUUGCUCAAGAUGCUUGAACGAGGAGCAGAAGCUUGAGCACAAAAAGAUACACAUAUCCUAUACUGGUGAAAAGCAUGUACUUUCUGAGGGUGUUGUAGAUGAUGUUCCAUGUGACACUGAAGACAAUGACGUCACUUUAGAUAAUAAAAUCUUUGCUAGUAGAGAAACAUUUUUGAGCUUUUGUCAGAGUAACAAUUAUCAGUUUGAUACGCUGAGGCGAGCCAAACAUUCUUCAAUGAUGAUUUUGUACCAUCUUCACAAUCCAUGUAGCAGCAUUUCAGAUAGUGUGGCCGAGUCAGUUUGAUACACUGAGCGAGCCAAGG